GGCCAAGGAUCUGUGAGCUCCAGAUCCCAGCUCUACCUCCACAAUAUAAUUUCCUAUCGAGGGCCUAAUGUUAACAGUUAAGGGCUGGAGAGGGGGGAGUAGUUGGAGAUUUUUUAACAAAUAAUUUGGAAAAUAACGUUUUCAUUUUUAUUUAUUUUGGCGGCUAGCCGGUGCGGGAAAAGAAACUACAGUAGCCUCACAUUCCUCAGAGAAAAUAACUCCGCCUCGCAAAACAAAGCCAGAUAAAUCAGCAGACCUUUCCAAAUCUGUGUUGAAACACACUAACAAUCACAGGAGACAGAGCAGCCAGGACAAAACUCAGUGUCUAGCACUCUCCAGCAGUCUCGUGAGGUUUUCAUACCACUUGCACUUCACUUACAAAGCUCAGGCUGACCACCCGGCAUGCUCCGAACCAAAUCGAACGCAGGCCUGCGAACCUCGUGUGAGCCGUGACCGACAACCCCCGCGAGCACGACGAAGCCGGCGGAAGGUGGGAUUAAGUCCCGCCCCCGGGACGCGGACGCGGCCUCUCCUGCCGCUCUAGGCCGGCGGCUGCUCUCUGUGGUAGGGCGGGAAAUGUGUUGUCAUCGGCAGAGCGACGUCCGGAGGCUGCGGCUGAGGCCCCGGCGGGGCGUUUGGUUUCGGUUUCCCCCUGACAGGAAUUACUGUUGACGGUCGAAAUGGGAGUCCCCAAGUUUUACCGAUGGAUCUCGGAGCGAUAUCCCUGCCUCAGCGAAGUGGUGAAAGAGCAUCAGAUUCCUGAAUUUGACAACUUGUACCUGGAUAUGAAUGGAAUUAUACAUCAAUGCUCCCAUCCUAAUGAUGAUGAUGUUCACUUCAGAAUUUCAGAUGAUAAAAUCUUUACUGAUAUUUUUCACUACUUGGAGGUGUUGUUUCGCAUUAUUAAACCUAGGAAAGUGUUCUUUAUGGCUGUUGAUGGUGUGGCUCCUCGAGCAAAAAUGAACCAGCAGCGUGGGAGGCGUUUUAGGUCAGCAAAGGAGGCAGAGGACAAAACAAAAAAGGCAAUAGAAAAGGGAGAAACUCUUCCUACAGAGGCCAGGUUUGAUUCCAACUGUAUUACACCAGGGACUGAAUUUAUGGCCAGGUUACAUGAACAUCUGAAGUAUUUUGUAAAUAUGAAAAUUUCUACAGACAAGUCGUGGCAAGGAGUUACUAUCUACUUCUCAGGCCAUGAGACUCCCGGGGAAGGAGAGCAUAAAAUCAUGGAAUUUAUCAGAUCCGAGAAAGCAAAGCCAGAUCAUGAUCCAAACACCAGACACUGUCUUUAUGGUUUAGAUGCUGAUUUGAUUAUGCUUGGAUUAACAAGUCAUGAGGCACAUUUUUCUCUCUUAAGAGAAGAAGUUCGAUUUGGUGGCAAAAAAACACAAAGGGUAUGUGCACCAGAAGAAACCACAUUUCACCUCCUACAUUUGUCUUUAAUGAGAGAGUAUAUUGACUAUGAGUUUUCAGUAUUAAAAGAAAAGAUCACAUUUAAAUAUGAUAUUGAAAGGAUAAUAGAUGAUUGGAUUUUGAUGGGAUUUCUUGUGGGCAAUGAUUUUAUACCACAUCUACCUCAUUUACAUAUUAGUCAUGAUGCACUGCCACUUCUUUAUGGAACAUAUAUUACCAUCCUGCCAGAGCUUGGAGGUUAUAUUAAUGAAAGUGGGCAUCUCAACUUACCUCGAUUUGAAAAAUACCUUGUGAAACUAUCAGAUUUCGAUCGAGAGCAUUUCAGUGAAGUUUUUGUGGACCUAAAGUGGUUUGAAAGCAAAGUUGGUAACAAGUACCUCAAUGAAGCAGCAGGUGUCGCAGCAGAAGAAGCCAAGAACUACAAGGAAAAGAAAAAAUCAAAGGGCCAGGAAAAUUCUAUGUGUUGGGCUGCUUUAGACAAAAAUGAAGGUGAAGUGGUAACUUCUAAGGAUAUUUUAGAAGAUGAGACUGAAGAUGAUGACCUAUUUGAAACUGAGUUUAGACAAUAUAAAAGAACAUAUUACAUGACGAAGAUGGGGGUUGACGUAGUGUCUGAUGAUUUUCUGGCUGAUCAAGCUGCAUGUUAUGUUCAGGCAAUACAGUGGAUUUUGCACUAUUACUAUCAUGGAGUUCAGUCCUGGAGCUGGUAUUAUCCCUAUCAUUAUGCACCUUUCCUAUCUGAUAUCCGCAAUAUCAGUACACUGAAAAUCCAUUUUGAACUAGGAAAACCUUUUAAGCCAUUUGAACAGCUUCUUGCUGUACUUCCAGCAGCUAGCAAAAAUUUACUUCCUACGUGCUACCAGCAUUUGAUGACCAGUGAAGACUCACCAAUUAUAGAAUAUUAUCCACCUGAUUUUAAAACUGACCUAAAUGGAAAACAACAGGAAUGGGAAGCUGUGGUAUUAAUACCUUUUAUUGACGAGAAGCGAUUGUUGGAAGCCAUGGAGACAUGUAACUACUCCCUCAAAAAGGAAGAGAGGAAAAGAAACCAACAUAGUGAGUGCCUAAUGUUCUGGUAUGAUAGAGACACAGAAUUCACCUACCCCUCUCCAUGGCCAGAAAAGUUUCCUGCCGUAGAACGAUGUUGUACAAGGUACAAAAUAAUAUCAUUAGAUGCUUGGCGUGUUGAUAUAAACAAGAACAAAAUAACCAGAGUUAACCAGAAGGCAUUAUAUUUCUGUGGAUUUCCUACUCUGAAACAUAUCAAACACAAAUUUUUUUUGAAGAAAAGUGGUGUUCAGGUAUUCCAGCAAAGCAGUCGUGGAGAAAACAUGAUGUUGGAAGUCUUAGUGAAUGCAGAACCAGAUGAUCUUAGUAUAGAAAAUGUAGCUUCAUCAGUGCUUGGAAAGUCUGUCUUUGUUAAUUGGCCUCACCUUGAAGAAGCUCGAGUUGUAGCUAUAUCAGAUGGAGAAACCAAGUUUUACUUGGAAGAACCUCCAGGAACACAGAAGCUUUAUUCAGGAAGAACUGCUCCACCAUCUAAAGUGGUCCAUCUUGGAGAUAAAGAACAAUCUAACUGGACAAAAGAAGUACAAGGAAUUUCAGAACACUACCUGAAAAGAAAGGGAAUAAUAAUAAAUGAAACAUCUGCAGUUGUGUAUGCUCAGUUACUCACAGGUCGUAAAUAUCAAAUAAAUCAAAAUGGUGAAGUUCGUCUAGAGAAACAGUGGUCCAAACAAGUUCUUCCUUUUGUUUAUCAAACUAUUGUCAAGGACAUCCGAGCUUUCGACUCUCGUUUCUCCAAUAUCAAAACAUUGGAUGAUUUGUUUCCUCCUAGAAGUACGGUCUUUAUGCUGGGAACCCCCUAUUAUGGCUGCACUGGAGAAGUUCAGGAUUCAGGUGAUGUGAUUACAGAAGGUAGGAUUCGUGUGGUUUUCAGCAUUCCAUGUGAACCCAAUCUUGAUGCUUUAAUACAGAACCAGCAUAAAUAUUCUAUAAAGUACAACCCAGGAUAUGUGUUGGCCAGUCGCCUUGGAGUGAAUGGUUACCUUGUUUCAAGGUUUACAGGAAGUAUUUUUAUUGGAAGAGGAUCUAGGCGAAACCCUCAUGGAGACCAUAAAGCAAAUGUGGGUUUAAAUCUCAAAUUCAACAAAAAAAAUGAGGAGGUACCUGGAUAUACUAAGAAAGUUGGAAGUGAAUGGAUGUAUUCAUCUGCAGCAGAACAACUUCUUGCAGAGUACUUAGAGAGAGCUCCAGAACUUUUUAGUUAUAUAGCCAAAAAUAGCCAAGAGGAUGUGUUCUAUGAAGAUGACAUUUGGCCUGGAGAAAAUGAGAAUGGUGCUGAGAAAGUUCAAGAAAUUAUUACUUGGCUAAAAGGACAUCCUGUCAGUACUUUGUCUCGUUCUUCUUGUGAUUUACAAAUUCUGGAUGCAGCUAUUGUUGAGAAAAUUGAGGAAGAAGUUGAAAAGUGCAAGCAAAGGAAGAAUAGUAAGAAGGUACGAGUGACAGUGAAGCCUCAUUUGCUAUACAGACCUUUAGAACAGCAACAUGGAGUCAUUCCUGAUCGGGAUGCAGAGUUUCGUCUCUUUGACCGUGUUGUAAAUGUGAGAGAGAACUUUUCAGUUCCAGUUGGCCUUCGGGGCACCAUCAUUGGAAUUAAAGGGGCUAAUAGAGAAGCUGAUGUACUAUUUGAAGUAUUAUUUGAUGAAGAAUUUCCUGGCGGCUUAACAAUAAGGUGCUCACCUGGUAGAGGUUAUCGACUGCCAACAAGUGCCUUGGUGAACCUAUCUCAUGGGAGUCGCUCUGAGACUGGAAAUCAGAAGUUGACAGCCAUUGUGAAACCACAACCAGCUGUGAAUCACUAUAGCUUAAAUUCAUCAAUUUCAUAUGGGCAUUUGGGAGGCCUCAACCAUUCCCCUCAAUCACUUUUUGUUCCUACUCAAGUACCUACUAAAGAUGAUGAUGAAUUUUGCAACAUUUGGCAGUCCUUACAGGGAUGUGGAAAGAUUCAACACUUUCAGCCAACUGUACAAGAGAAAGAUGCAGUUCUACCUCAAGAAAUAAGUCAAGUAAAUCAACAUCAUAAAUCUGGCUUUAAUGACAACAGUGUUAAAUAUCAACAAAGAAAACAUGACCCUCACAGAAAAUUUAAAGAAGAGUUUAAGAGUCCUAAAGCUGAGUGUCGGUCACAAAAAAUGUCCAAUAAACAGCCUAACUCUGGAAUUGAGAACUUUUUAGCAUCCUUGAAUAUCUCCAAAGAAAAUGAAGUAUACUCAUCUCGUCACAGAGAGCCUUCAAGUGAAGAGCACUUGUCACCACAGUCAUUUGCUAUGAAGGGAACACGGAUGCUUAAAGAAAUUCUAAAAAUUGAUGGCUCUGACACUGUGGACCAUAAGAAUGAAAUGAAACAGUUUGGUAAUGAAGUCACUGUUUCCUCUAAUAGAAGAAAUGAAUCUGGACUGUCCUCACAGCCUAAACAAAAUAAGAAAUUAACAUCUUAUAUGAACAAGCCUCACAAUGCUAAUGAGUACCAUAAUGUUCAGUCUAUGGACAAUGUAUGUUGGCCAGCUCCUGGCCAGAUCCCACCUGUGUCCACACCAGUAACUGAACUUUCUCGAAUUUGUUCCUUUGUUGGAAUGCCACAACCGGAUUUCUCCUUUCUUAGGACACCACAGCUUGAUAUUUUUACCUUUUUUCACGUUGAUUGGUUUAUUCAUACCUACCAAGAAUUUGAAGGUUAUAGUCGGAAUGCCUUUGAUCUAAUAUGUUCUCCAAAUGUUCCAAGUUGGGAUCACUAUGGAAGCAGCUUAGCAUUGGGGGCAGGUGAGAUCCUUAGGGGCAGUUUUACUGAGAAAAGUUUUCCAUGUUUUUUAACAGCUAAUAUAAUGCCUUCACCAUCUCAUCUCUUUGGCUCAAUGCCAUGGGGACCAUCAGUGCCAGUUCAUGGGAAGCCUUUCCAUCAUACUUCAUAUUCUGGAACCAUGCCCAUGGCUGGGGGAAUGCCAGCUGGUGUGCACAGUCAGUUCAUACCCCUUCAGGUUACUAAAAAAAGGGUUGCAAACAAAAAGAACUUUGAGAAUAAGGAGACCAAGAAUUCUUCUCAAGUCACCCCACUUCAGACUAGCCAGCCAGGGUCUUGUAAUGUCACCAAAGUGACUUCACAGGAGAGUUCUUCAACUUCCUUAAAGUCCUCUCAGAUUGCUCAACCUGCAUCUUCUUUUCAAGUUGAAGUCGCCUCCCAAGGCCAUAGUGUGUCUCACCAUAAGCCAACACCAGGCUCUUCAAGAAGAAAAUCAAGAAAACUGGCUGUCAAUUUUGGCAUUUCUAAACCUUCUGAAUAAAUUUGGUACUUGGAAUAAAAUUAAUUUCUUUUCUUUCCAUUCACCUUUUGUAAAUCCAUAUAUAUGUCUCAUAAAAAAUUUAGAAUGUACUAUUUUAAUAUGUUUAAAUUGAAAAUUUUUAAGUUGUCAGGCACUUUUCAUGCUGUUUAAAAGACUAUAUAUCAAAUUGUGCCCUUUAAAUAUGUGCAAUUUGUUGUAUAUCAAUUAUACCUCAGUAAAGCUGUUAAAAAAAAAAGACUAAAUUAAACCUUGUGUUAAAUAAUAUCAGUGGACUAAGCAUUAAAAUGUACUGCUCUAACCAUUGGCCUCAUCACUAGAAGCAUCCUGAACUAUGAAUUAGACUUCAUAUUAGCAAUAAUAAAAAACAUUUUUUAUGCUAUCAUUGAGGGAUAAUUAAAUGGAGCAUGAAAAUUGGACCUGAAGUAUAACUUACCGAAUGUGGAUUUUAUUUCUCUUUUUAAUGAUGUAAAAUUGUCAGGAGGAUAGCUCUUAUUUAUGUGUAUUUUAACUUACGUUUUGUUGUCUCUGAGGGUCUUUAGACCUGAUGUGAAAUGAUCACACUUGUUGUGGUGCUGCCAGUUUUGCUUUAUUCUAAAUUUUGUACCAAAGCAACUUUGGAAUACUGAUCAGAAUAUUUCAUCUAACUGCUUAGAGCUAUAAAUAGCAAUGUAGAUUUGAGUAAGUAAUUACAAUUUUUUAGAUUAUUCAAGAACCAGCAUUAGUAAUUUCUAAAAAAUUGUUUCAAAAUCUACAGGGUACAAUGAUUACAAAUUAAUCUAACAGAAUAAAGUACAGAACAUUCAUCAUAUUGUUAAAAUAAGUUGUGUUAUUCUUUUGUAUAGCUUUUUAUCUGCUUAUGUUAAUAUAUGAGAGCUCCAUUGUUGGUCCAUGUAUAGUGCUUCCUGGAACUAAUGAAAUUUUAAAUUUUUAAAAAAUUCCAACAUAUACUGUAAUACAGUCACAAUCAUUAGUUCAUAAUGUACAUUAUUUACUUCCUCUCUAAUUCUAGUUCUAUAUUUUUAGCUUUAUGCUGAACUGUUCAGUGACACUGGCAUUUUGGUUUUGCUUGUCAUGUGUGGAUGUGUGUUAUUCAAGCUGUAACUGUUGAAGUUAUUUUACAACUUAUGAAAAUUUCUCAGUGGUUCCAGGGCUUGAGUUUAUAUAUUUCAUAUCACAAAACUAAAGGAAAAAAUACUUAUAUUUCUAAGGAAAUGUCAUACUUUUUGAAAGUAGGAGCCACAGUCUUUAUAUGGAGCUGCUUAUUAUUAUAUCUGAUUUCAUUUAACUUGUUGAAAACUCCUCCGGAAGUCUUAAAGUAGUCUUUGUUUUUUAAAAUGCUGAUAUUGAACUAAAUGGAUUCCUUUCUCUAACUGCUGAUUUCAGAGUUUCUCUAAACAUUAGCAGGAUAUUUGUCUAUUAGUAGUGCCUUUAGUAUAAGAGGUAAAAAUAUUCGUUAUCUGUCAUUUAUUAUAGUGAGUUUCUGUGGUUUUAUUUUCUAUUAAUUUUCUAGAUUCAGAUGUUCAUCAGUUCCCAGCACUUCCUUGUUUCUAUAUCUGUAGUGGGGUCUUGAAUAAUGAGGCUUAAGUAAUUCUCAGUGUUUAUUUCUUCACAAACUCUAUUUGCUUUAAAAGGAAACAUCUACUAUGGGAACACAAGGAAAAAGUUAAAUAGUGACAAUAAUGUUAUGUUAACCUCUUAUUACUCUAAAAUGUGUAAUAUUUUUCACUUCACUUAACUGUACAACUACAGCAUUCAAGAAUUGCCUCACUCUUCACUGCAUGUGAGUUCUAUACAAGUGCACAGGCCAUGUCUUUUAAAGGAAGGAACACACACCUAGCAUCUUCUGAAAACACCAAGAGAAAUGUUGACCUCCCCAUUAUUUGAGAGCACAGAAAGCUGAUAAUUCUAAAAUAGAAAGACAGUAAAGAUGUUUUAUUUUUCUUUCUUCCUCAAAAAAAAAAAAAAAAAGAAAGAAAGAAAAAAAUUCUAAGUGUCAAGAGUGAAGAGAGAGAUUAAAAUAGGAGAGAGCUCCAUAAUGGAUGGAUAGUGGUCAGGCUUUCUUCUCUAUUCUUUUCCCUUAUAGACCUAUUCCAAAUGUGGGCUUGAGAUCAGUGGGAGACAUGCCCUGCCUGGGGAAUAUGUAAGAGCAGAGGCUGUUUUUUAGCUCGUGAUGAUCAUGAUGGCCUGGAUCAUGCCUUGUGUAGUCAAGUGCAUCUCUGAAAAACAGUUGGACUUUAGAAAACUUAGACAAUUUUUCUCUUUUAGAUAGGGCAGACAGAGACCACCCCUAAAGUUUGAAAUGUGCUCAUUCAACUGGAAUCUGCUGAGGAGUUUUUGUGAAACUGUAGGGCACAGAAGGACAGAUUUCUCAAAUCUUAAUGUUUCCACAUAACUAGAACACUGAAAUCUAUUUAAACCUUCCUCUCCUCACUGAAGCAUUAUUUCUAAAUAUUCUUGUUCACUAAGUCUUUUCUUUGUUUGAGCAAAUUAAGUGAAUUUUGAAGAUUGAUUCUUCCAGUCUCAUUGUGCCUUUUCGCAAUUUCCUUCCUGCAUUACUUGGUCAUUACUUCAGUUUUAUAAUUUGAGAUAGAAUGCAUUAAUUGACUUAAACAUAUAGACUAAAGUCUUAAACAUCUUGAGACUCAGUUGCAUGAAAAUUCACCUCUAUUGAAAUUUCAUUUCAAUUUAAGAUUUUCCUUGCUUUUGAAAGGGAUGAGUAAGGGAAGAUUGGAGAUCUUUUUUUUUUUUUUUUCUUUUUCCUAUUGGUGGAAGGUAUGAAGACUAUUGAUGCAAGUUUUCUGUUAUUUAUUUCCUUUUUUAUGAUAGGUAUUUACUUUAGUUUUAGACUGAUACUUCCAAACUAAUCUAGAUUCUUGGUUUUAAGGGGAGGAGGCAGAGAAGGGGAGGCAGUUGGAAGAAGGAAGCCAGUUAAGACAUCCAAUCGCUGCAUUUUCAGACUAAUGUAUCUUUCUAGCUCAACAAAAUAAAUAAGCUGUAGGGUCUUUUUUUAUUUCACUCGCUUUUUGAUCAUCGGAUUUUGUAUUAAUAAGUCAAUUUUUCAUCCUAGCUUUCUAAUUUUUACCUUAUUGUCUGAGAUAGAGCCAUGCAAAUCUGUUGAAGUUAGUUCUAACAUACUUCUUCCCUUUAUUCAGAGCGCCUUUUUUUAAAGCAACUGUGUACACUUCCCCAGCUUUUUUGAGCUUGCUGUAUUUUUUAGUACCAUCUUGCUUCUGAAUUGUGUUUUUACUGUAGAAAAGAAUUAGUUUAUUGGAGAGAAAUGGCUGUGAAAGUCAUUCUCUAUCUUAGAAAAAAAAAAUCAAUCACAGUUCAUUUGUCAUUUUUCUAGAGAGAGUACUCAAACUGGCCGCAUUCUUUAUGUAUGUUUUGUAAGCGUCAGUGAAACAAUCUUAAUUGCAGGAGCUUCCUUUCCUAGUCAGGAUAAAGCUUAAAAUUCCAGAAAUGAGUAUCUUUCAAACUGACUUAAUUCAUAUUUCCAUCAGACUUCUGCAUCAUCUACCAGGGAACAAGAUUCAGUGUCGAAACAGACUACAUCGUCUCCAGCAACAGGGCCAAGCAGACACAGGCAGGCCCUAAGUUUCACUGUUAAAUGUACUGAGUUAACUCAGGCACCACAAAUCCUUCUUUUAGAGAAAGAGGAAAAACAUGUAUAAAAUAAUUCUAGUAAUCAAAAAUGUCAACAAUUCAUACCUGCUUGUGUGUGUGUGUGUGUGUGUGUGUGUGUGUCAGUGAACCAAUAAUGAUGCCUUGCUCAGUCAGUGCAUUCAGCCAUCUCAAGUGCAAUUUGUGAGGGAGACUGUGGUUUCCAGAAGAUAUAUUUUUUAUGUAGUUAACCUGUAAAAGUCAGUUUUUUUCUAGCAGUAUACCCAUUGCUAAUGAUUAUUUCAGCAGUUGGUAUACUGAUAAAUUGACCAGGCCAAAAAUUUUCUGUAGCUGUUUUAGUAAUUUGAAGCCAAAUUUUCAUACUGUUUCUCAUGGAAUAACAAGAGAAUUUGGUUCACAGUUUGCUUUAAGUACCGUUAUUCCUUUUUUUCCCUUACAGUUAAAGGUUGUUUUUGUUUGGUUUAGUUUUUUGGCUUUUGAACUUUUUUUUUUUCUUUUGCCUGUACCCAAUUGCAUCCUUGAGUGUUUUUAUCUAUUUUGAUAUAUAAGUAAUAGAUGGUAUGCUGUGUCAUCAAAGUGUUCAACAUUUUGUUCAUUUAAACAGUAUAAUUCAUACAUAUACACAUGUAUCUUAAUUCAUUUCUUUUCUCACAGCUAUUUUAUAAGUAACUGGAAUUUUUCAUUAGAUCUUAUACAGUACAGUAUUUUAUUAAAAAUUCAAAAGGGAAAACUUUUGUGUCCUCAUUUUGUAGUUUUUAUUUUUAAAAUAUCUUUACAUUGUCUGUAAAAUCUUUACAUUGCCAAUUAAAGUGUUUUAAACUUGCAUUGGAAUGGACUCUGAAUGUAUUUUUGUGUUAAGUUGUACAUUUGUAGAUUUCUAGCAUGAAGUUAGCCUCAAAAUGCUGUGCAAAAGGAUUUUAAAAUGUAAGAGUCACUGAAAAAGUUUAAACAUCUAUACAUGUUAAAUGCUCUAUGGAUUUUAAUUAAAGUUUUGAGAAUAAUUUCA